GAGGACACUGCAUCGCGUCCUCAUCCUCAGUGGUCGGAUUGUGGUCUGACAGUGAGGGUGUAGAGAACAUUACUCAGGCGCUUUACAGAUUGUAUCGCUUUCUGCCUUCAGAGGAGCUUACUGAAGGGCAGUCAUGCGCCUGUUAGGGUCCACUGUCCUUUUCUCUGUCCUGCUGCAGGCUAUGUCUGUUCCGACAGAGGACUGGCAGAGGGCCACGUCUAUUUAUGACUUCUCAGCAACAGAUAUUGAUGGGAAUCUGGUUUCCCUAGAAAAAUACAGGGGGGAUGUUGUCAUCAUCACCAACUUUGCCUCUAAAUGAGGUAAAACCCCAGUAAACUACUCUCAGUUUGCGGAAAUGCACGUCCAGUACGCUGAGAGAGGUUUACGCAUCCUCGCCUUCCCUUCCAACCAGUUUGGAAACCAGGAGCCUGGAAAUGAAACUCAGAUUAAGCAGUUUGCCAGUUCCUACAACGCUCAGUUUGACAUGUUCAGCAAGAUCGAUGUGAACGGGGACACUGCUCAUCCUCUGUGGAAGUGGCUGAAAAGUCAGCCCAAUGGGAAAGGGUUCCUGGGAAACAGUAUCAAGUGGAAUUUCACCAAGUUCUUGAUCAACAGAGAGGGUCAGGUGAUGAAGAGAUAUGGACCCCUCAAUGAUCCAAGUGUGGUGGAGAAGGAUCUUCCUCAAUACUUGUAAAUGGAUGAUUGAUGCCUCACUUACUGAAACUAUAAGCUCCUUUCUCUGGCUCUCUCUGGCACCAGUGGAUAAAGUUUGGGUUUCCCCCCAGACCAGUGACGGCCUGUUCAUAAACCCGCAUGGCGGACAGAGCAGACCUGAUGAAAAUGGCGUGCAAACCUGCUUGGAAGAAAACCAGACUUGCUUUCAUUUGGUUCUAGAGAGAGAAGGGGGAAGGACCCUCUGUUAACAGCUUCAUGUGUGGCAUUGUCUUCAUAAUAAAUUGCACAAAAUGUUGCCCUAAUGA